AUGCCAGUCAAAUUGUUUUGGGUUCUGACGUUUCUUUUUAUGAUAUCAAUUACUUUGGGUGCUCUAAGAGGUUUGAUGAACGUUUGGAUUGAUAGUCCAACCAUCAUAUUCAUUGAAAACACAGAAUCAUCCAUUCAAGAUAUACCUUUUCCGUCAAUUAAUAUUUGUCCAUCAAACCAACUGCGAAAAUGGGUUUGGGAGAAGCACAUGAACACAAACAGCUCAUAUUGGAUUGUGCAAUUAGUUGUUCCGAAGUAUUUCAAUCAGCUGAAAUCAAAUUGGAAUUUGGAUGAUGGAUACCCACCAAAUUCAGAGAAAAAUAUUCUUGUCAACAUAAAUCCUGCUAGAACAAGUGGGAUUACAUUAUCUAACCCAGCUGAAUAUUUCUUGCUCGAUCCUCGGUCAUUUAUCAAACCGGAUACUUACACUAGAAUAAAAAUUACCCCAUUCGUGAAAAAAAUUGAUUCCCAAUUAAAGUGGCGUUCUCCAGAAAUCAGGAAAUGCUAUUUGCACAACGAGAGAAAAUUAUCCAUUUUUCAACAGUACACUCAGGGGAAUUGUAAUUUCGAAUGUGUUCUAAACGAAACUUUAUCAAUAUGUGGCUGUGUCUCUAUCGACAUGGUUUAUUUAGUGUCAAACAGUGUUAAAAUUUGUGGCUCGGCGAAAAAAGAGUGUAUGAUAAAAGCUCAAC